AUAGUAAUAACUAUGUGUAUCAGUUCACAUUCACGUGUCACACAUUAAUGUAAACGUGCCAAAUUACUGCUAAAGAUGCAUGUGUUCAUAUUGUUAGUAUUCCAAAUUGUUAUUCCAUUGAUCAUCGCUACACAAAUAGAUUUGGUUGCUAAACAGAGCCAAGUUUUCUUGGAUCAUUUGGAUCAUCAUGGAAAUGGGAAUGUUCUCAAUGAGAUUUUGAUGGAGUACUCGUACUUACAGUCAAACUGGACACAACAAAACCAUACGCCAUUUAAUGACCAGGUGAUUGCAUUCUUGCAGCAGCAUGUAGAUGUGGUUCAUAAGAAUCAAACUCGUUACAAAGGAUAUGCUGGACCAGGAAUUGGUAUUAAAUCGCUUACUAAUUUUUGUGGACCAGGUAAUUGGUCCACAAAUGGAGAAGUUACACAAAAUCCAUAUUUUACCAAAAUUGAUCAGUGUUGCAAAAGCCACGAUGAGUGCCCAUUAUACAUAGUGCAACGAAAGGAUUACGAAAAUUUCCCAGGCCUACCGUACAAACCGCAGUUGUUUAGUAGAUUACGUUGCAGCUGUGAUGUUCAAUUCUUUUCUUGUUUACGAGAUGUGGGAACAUUCUUUUCGUUUGCUGUAGCAUGGAUCUACAGUAAAGUGCAGACCUAUUGCAUUGAGUACGAGUAUCCAGUUAUACAGUGUAAACAACAAAUGAGUGAUGAAUUCAUCUUUUUUGCACGUUGCGUUGAUUAUCAGGUAGAUUACUCUACUCCGAAGAGAUGGCAAUGGUUCAAUAUACCAUAUUUGAGUGCUAAUCAAUCGUGUUUUCCGAACGUAUCGUAUUGAUAUGAAAUAUUGUUGAAUACAAAAAAAAGCAAAGAGAAAUAUAGCUUUCUAAAAACCUGUUUUAAUCCACCUUUUGGUGUAAUAAAGAUCUUCUCAUAUAUUCACAUAAUUGUAUUGAUUUAUACCUGUUCGUUUCUAACACACGUUAGUUGCUAGUCUAUCAUGUGGAUAAAGACGCUACCCAAGUAAUUAAAAAUUCUACAAUUACUAAAGACAUUCAUUUUCUUGCUGCUUAAUAGUGCUCGCAGAAUUUCUGAAUUGUGAACAAGUUCCGCGAAAACUUUCUCGCUGAGAUUGGUUGGUGCGAUGUAGGAGGAGUACCGUUGUUCUUGAGAGUUGAUGAUUUUUGUUGUUCCUCGUAAAGCUUACCGAUUUAUAUAAAAUAGACAUACUACACUCAAAUAAAAAUUCACGUUCGAUUUACUUGAAAAAUCACGUAAAAUGGUUUCAAAUGUCAAAUUGAAUAUUUUACAUGACGAAAAUGAAUGUUAUACGAACAUCCCCUAAAAUGAAUAGAGUCAUCACAUAAGGUUUACGUGAAUUGACCAAACGUCAAACAAUCUACGUGAAUUUCCAGUGUAAAAAACUCGAUUUUGAAAAUGGCGAACAGGGCUAAAGUGUAAGUAGUUAAAUAUUUGAGAAAAAUGUUAAUUAGUUACAGUUGUUGACUUCAUCGUCCGGACCAUUCCAGUAUAAAAGUUUUCAUGUGUUCAACUGGACCGAGCGCCUGCAUGAGACCGGGAGUUUGCCCGCUCCUGCCGAAACAGGCCGUUGGUCCACCGAAAAACGAGUUCGAAAUCGGUAUGAAGCUAGAGAUACUGGAACCAUGUAAUGCGACUUUAACCUGCAUCGGUUGUGUUGUGGGAGUUCUCGACUCUCGACUGCAGCUUCGGUUGGAUGGCAGUGACAACAAAAACAAUUUUUGGAGGCUUGUCGAUUUGAGAUACCACGACGUUAUUAGUUUAUUUUUAAGCUAUUGAAAUUUUAUACUAAUUUUCUGAAAUAAAUGUUUUAUUUUUCA